CAUAACCUAGCCCAAUCUGAACAUUGUGUUGACUCUGGUCCAUAACUAUUUUCUUCUUCUUCAGAUCAGGGCUAGUAACAACAAAGCCUUAGUUUAGUGAACCUAAAUUCUCAAUAACUUAACCAUGGCUUCUAUCAAAUCAUGUCCACGGUUGUGCCACUCCCUCUCACCGUUCCUACCCAGCACUUUCAAGCAACUCUGUUCUUUGGCUUCACUUCCCGAACCUCUUCUCCAACCUUAUUCAAACGACACAUCCCAAAUUCCAAACCUAUCCUCCGAGGAAACCACCUUAGCAGACAAACUCCACGCCGCCAUCAAAGAACACCACCGCAAACACCCCACACCAAAUCCCAAUACCCCUCCCCCUGCACCCAAUCUUACCAUCCCCGACCUCUCCCUCGACUUCUCCGCGCUCUCGGCAGCUCACACACUCUCCCCCGCCGUCGCCCGCCACGUCAUCGAGAAAUGCGGCGCUGUCCGCCAUGGCAUCCCCUUCCUCCAAUCCCUCGCGUUCUUCAACUGGGCCACCGCCCUUGACGGAUUUCCCCCCUCGCCAGAGCCCUACAACGAGAUGCUCGACCUCGCCGGAAAGCUGAGACAUUUCGACCUCGCGUGGCACGUGAUCGACCUCAUGAAGACUCGCGGCGUCGAAAUCAGCGCUCACACGUUCUCUGCUCUCGUCCGCCGCUAUGUGAGGGCCGGAUUACCUGCGGAGGCGGUGCACGCUUUUAACCGCAUGGAGGACUAUGACUGCACUCCCGAUAAGGUUGCGUUUUCAAUUGUGAUUAGUAGCUUGUGUAAAAAAAGAAGGGCAAAUGAGGCUCAAUCGUUUUUUGAGAGUCUCAAGCAUAAGUUUGAGCCUGAUGUUUUAGUUUACACUAGUUUGGUUUAUGGGUGGUGUCGUGCUGGUAACAUAUCUAAGGCUGAAGAGGUGUUUAAUGAUAUGAAGAUGGCUGGGAUUAAACCUAAUGUUUAUACUUACAGCAUUGUGAUUGAUUCGUUGUGCCGAUGUGGGCAAAUUACGCGUGCUCAUGAUGUUUUCGCGGAGAUGAUUGAUGCAGGUUGUGAUCCUAAUGCUGUUACUUUCAACAGUUUGAUGCGGGUUCAUGUUAAGGCUGGGAGGACUGAGAAGGUAUUGCAGGUUUACAAUCAGAUGAAGAGGCUAGGUUGUCCUGCAGAUACCAUUAGCUACAAUUUCAUCAUUGAGAGUCAUUGCAGGGAUGAGAAUCUUGAUGAGGCUGUGAAGAUUCUCAAUUUGAUGGUGAAGAAAGGGGUUGCUCCUAAUGCGUCCACUUUCAAUUGUGUUUUUGGAUGCAUAGCUAAGUUGCAUGAUGUGAAUGGUGCGCACAGGAUGUAUGCUAGAAUGAAGGAGCUGAAGUGCCAGCCCAAUACGUUGACUUAUAAUAUAUUGAUGAGGAUGUUUGCUGAGUCAAGAUCUACUGAUAUGGUUCUGAAAAUGAAGAAGGAAAUGGACGAGAAUCAGGUUGAACCUAAUGUAAACACUUACCGGAUUUUGAUUUCGAUGUUUUGUGAAAUGAAGCACUGGAACAAUGCUUACAAGUUAAUGAAGGAAAUGGUUGAAGAAAAAUGCCUAAGACCCAAUCUAUCAGUUUAUGGAACGGUUCUGGAGCUGCUCAGAAACGCUGGACAGUUGAAAAAGCAUGAAGAGUUGGUGGAGAAGAUGGUUUCGAGGGGAUUCGUCUCUCGCUCUUUGUAGAAGUUGCUUGCUUCAUCCUUCGCAUUUUUUAGUGAAUGUUAAAACAAACACAAAUGGUGGUAUUUAUUUAUUAAUUGCUACUGAUGAGACAAAAUGUGUGCCUUAUUCUUUUAAGAAUUUUAUGUAUCCUAGUGUAGAAUGGUGGUAUAGCUGAUUGACAUCUUGGAUGAAGUAUUUUCUGUUAAGAAAAUUUAUAAACGUGAUGGCCAUGAUUUAGAA